CAGUCGGUGAGAGAGCUGACAGCAUGAGGGUGCAGAGGGAGCGGACAGAAGAGGUGUUCGGGGCUGCACAAUAAACCCAGAGAAGAGGGAGCAGGCAUCAUGUCAGCGCUCACCGCAUCACCACGACACAUGGGGGUGUCUGGAUGCUGCUGGUGAGCAACUGCGGGAUGCAGAGGAACCAGUCCAGAGGAGCUCCUGGAAACCAAAGGCCAGCCAAGGAAACAGAUGUGAACGGCGGACGGAGCCACACGAUGAGCGGGAUCCUGAAGAGAAAGUUCGAAGAGGGGGCCUCCUCUUAUUUGUCCCUGCAGGGGUCCGAAGAUGACGAGGUUUCCUGCAGCGACAGCGGCAACAGCAGCGAUAGUCUGAAUCAUUCUGUGCCCUCUGGAAUCCUGAAUUCUUCCGUCCAGCAGCCGUCCAAGCGACUGCGCGGCCACAACGUGCACUUUGAGAGCGUGACCGUGUACUAUUUCACCCGGCGUCAAGGCUUUUCCACUGUGCCCACACAAGGGGGCAGCACCCUGGGGAUGUCGCCUCGCCACAGCGGCGUGAGGCACUUUACUCUCAGAGAGUUUGCCAUGGAGCAGAAACGAAGCCAUCGGAACAUGUUGAGGGACCACCUCAAAGAAGAGAAACUCAACGCCAUAAAGCUCAAACUGACUAAAAACGGAACCGUGUCAUCGAUAGAGGCGGAUACUCUUACACUCGAUGACAUCUCAGAAGACGACCUCGAUGUGGACAACACGGAGGUGGAUGAUUACUUCUUCCUCCAGCCUCUGACCACCAGGAGGCGCCGUGCACUUCUGCGUGCCUCGGGGGUCCGUCGCAUCGAUGUGGAGGAGAAGCACGAGCUGCGCACCCUGCGGAUGUCCAGAGAAGAAUGUGGGUGUCGCUGCAGGGGGAUAUGUGACCCAGAGACUUGUGCUUGCAGCCUGGCCGGCAUUAAGUGCCAGGUAAAUGGAGCUGUGGUAGAUCGCAUGUCCUUCCCCUGUGGCUGCACCAAGGACGGCUGCAGCAACAGCACAGGACGGCUGGAGUUCAACCCCGUCCGGGUGCGCACCCACUUCCUGCACACCAUCAUGAAGCUGGAGCUGGAGAAGAGCCACGACGAGCAGUAUCGCCACCAGCAGACGGAGCAGCAGCUCGUAACCAAUGGCAACGGUUACCACAGCAACCCCACCUUCAUCCCGCAGCAGCCGCCGAACCCUCAGUCCGUGCUGAUGAGCGGCCCUCAGCACGAACCCAUCAUGCAGCUCCAGAGCGCCGGGGAUACGGAUUCGAAUCCAGACGAAGAGGAGGAGGAGGAAGAUGAGGAGGAAGAGGAUGAUGAUGAAGACGAGGACGAAGCUUACGAUGACGAUGGCAGCAGCGUUUGCAGCGGGCUGUCAGACUGCAGCACACACAGCUUGGAAACACUCGACCCCGAGGAGGAAGACGAGGACGAUGAGGAAGAUGAAGACGAUGAGGAAGACGAGGACGAGGAGGAGGACUGGGACUGUUCAGGGAACGGACUGAGUCCUCAGCCAUACCCCGUCCCACUUCCUUCUGUCCUGAGUUACUCCAACAGCACACUUGUGAGCCUCGGCAACCCCUUCCACAACAACCCCCCCAUGCGGUCCUAUCAAACAGAGAGCUCAGCUCAUGACCCCCCAGCGUUCCUUAGCGAGAACCUGAACGUCACCCCCAUCCUCCCCUCCGUAGAGUCCGCGCUGGAGUCCGACAUCGGCAAAGAGCUCCAGCGCCAAGCUGAGCACUUCUCCGAGUCCACGGCACUCCAGAGCCGCUCACACGCAGACACUCGAGAGUUCACCACGGCCGAGCAGUGGCUCCACAACAAUCCAGACCGUCAGGACUCGAAGGCGGAGGAAACGGGACGGCCUGCGCAGGAGCGACAAGGAGGUGCCAACCAAACAGCACUGGAGAACGUCUGACGGCUAAGAGUCAUUUUUAGUCGCAAAUUCAAAUAAGAGCUGACAAGUGCACUUGGAAAGAGUUCCACGUUUUAACCCCGAAGGCUCAAAGAAGUCGUGAAACUUACGUAGUUAUUCACCAAACCUUUCUAGAUCAAUUUCAAACCAUACAAAUAAAGUACUACUCCAGCAUCUGUCUCCUUGUGACAACACA